UCUUUUAUGUGAUGUAUAUUGUCACAGAGAGAGAGAGGGAGAGAGAGAGAGAGAGAGAGAGAGAGUCGGGGGUCAACUGGGUCUUUUUGCUUGGUUUCGGUGUGAUGGCUUUGAAAAGUAAAAGAUAGUGUGAAUGCGACCUUCUACCUUUCUCUUUCUCUUACAUCCUUUUUAGGUUUUCUCCUCACUGGGCCUCUUUCGUUACUGACAAAAAAAAAUCGGUCAAGAUGAUCCGCUAGAGGAUGGAAACUUAGGGUUUAUUUCAUACUUGACAGCCUUCCGUGGUUUUCCAGAGAUUAGCUUUUGUGGGUAUCUCACAGAGAGAAAAAGUGUGUACUGGGAAUUAGGACAAAAAAGAAAAGGCCUUUCCUUGUCUCUUUCUAAAACAGUUUCUCUAUAGAGAGAGAGAGAGAGAGAGAGAGAGAGAGGGUUGUUUGGGUCAUGCAUGGGCGUUGACAAGUAAACAGCUUUUUUAGCUUCUGAAACAUGCCCAGUGGUGCUGUUUCUCCUGUUCCCAUUUCAAUGCACGCUUCCUCUACCCUCACUCUCUCCAUUCCAAGUAAAAUGGAGGGCCAUGGCGAGAUGGGUCUGUUUCAGGAAAACUUUGAUCCUAGCAUGAUCGCUCGGAUGAGGGAUGAUGGGUAUGAGAGCAGGUCUGGAAGUGAUAAUGUUGAAGGCGCAUCGGGCGAUGAUCAGGACGCUGGUGAUGAUCAACGGCCCAAGAAGAAGAAGUACCAUAGACACACCCCACAGCAGAUUCAAGAGCUUGAAGCUUUCUUUAAGGAGUGUCCCCAUCCUGAUGAGAAACAAAGAUUGGAAUUAAGCAGACGGCUUGGCUUGGAGACCAAGCAAAUCAAAUUUUGGUUUCAAAAUAGGCGAACCCAAAUGAAGACCCAAUUGGAACGCCACGACCACAUAAUUCUUAAACAAGAAUAUGAGAAGCUUAAAAAUGAUAACGAUGCUUUGAGGACUGCUAUGGCAAACCCAGUAUGCAACAGUUGUGGUGGCCCUGCCAUUCCUGGUCAAAUAUCAUUUGACGACCACCAACUUAGGAUUGAGAAUGCUCGAUUGAAGGAUGAAUUAAACCGUAUAUGUACCUUGGCAAACAAGUUCUUGGGGCGGCCGAUCUCAUCCAUUCCUAUCCCGAGCUCGAACUCAAGUUUUGAUCUUGUUGUAGGAAGAAAUGGGAUUGGUGGCACCCCAUUGACAAUGGGACUUGAUCUGGGAAAUGGGUUUUUGAGUACUACUUCAUCUGCAAUGUCUCUAAGUAAGCCUCCAUUGGGCUUGAUGGACCAUGAAGCAUCAAUUAAUAGAUCAAUGCUUGUAAAUCUUGCUUUGACGGCUAUGGAUGAAUUAAUCAAGAUGGCCCACACAGAUAGCCCCCUUUGGAUCAAAAGUUUCGAUGGAGGGAAGGAAAUACUCAACCUUGAGGAAUAUUCAAGGACAUUUUCUCCUUGUAUUGGCACAAAACCGACUGGUUUUGUCACUGAGGCCACAAGGGAUGUAGGGAUGGUGAUGAUCAACAGCUUGACUCUUGUGGACGCAUUGAUGGACGAGGCUCAAUGGAAACAAAUGUUUCCGUGCACGAUUGCUAGAGCUGCCACCAUUGAUAUGAUAUCAAGUGGCGUGGCUGGAAUCAGAAAUGGUGCUCUACAUGUGAUGCAUGCAGAGCUUCAAGUUCUUUCGCCGUUGGUCCCUGUUCGUCAGUUGAAGUUCCUCCGGUUCUGCAAGCAGCAGGCACAGGGUGUGUGGGCGGUGGUUGAUGUUUCACUUGACAUUAGCCAAGAAAGUACAAAAGCAAACCCCUUGGUGAGCUGUAGGAGACUUCCUUCUGGCUUUGUUGUGCAAGAUAUGUCCAAUGGCUACUCCAAGGUUACGUGGGUAGAACAUUCAGAAUAUGAUGAGAGUUCUAUCCACCCACUCUACCGGCCAUUUAUUAGUUCUGGCAUGGGAUUUGGUGCUCAGAGGUGGGUUGCCACCCUCCAAAGGCAAUGUGAGUUCUUGGCAAUCCUCAUGCCAUCCUCCCUUCCUAAAGAAGAUCCCACAGCGCUUAAUCUGGCCGGUAGGACGAGUAUGUUACAGCUGGCACAGCGCAUGACUGAUAACUUCUGUUCUGGGGUUUGUGCUUCAACUGCUCGUAAGUGGGACACUCUCCGUGUCGGAAAUGUGGGCGAAGAUGUUCGAGUUAUGACCAGGAAGAAUUUGGACGACCCCGGCGAACCUCCUGGGAUCGUGUUGAGUGCUGCAACUUCUAUUUGGAUGCCUGUAGCACAGCAGAGACUGUUUGAUUUCUUGCGAGAUGACCGGUUGAGGAGCGAGUGGGACAUUUUAUCCACCGGCAGGCCAAUACAAGAGAUGAUUCAUAUUGCCAAAGGCCAUAAACAUGGAAAUUGUGUUUCUCUCCUUCGUGGAAGUCCAACGACUGCGAAUGAGAGCAGCAUGCUGAUAUUGCAAGAGACAUGGACAGAUGCCUCUGGCUCAUUGGUUGUUUAUGCACCAGUUGACAUACCAUCUAUAAAUGUGGUGAUGGCGGGUGGAGAUCCUGCCUAUGUAGCUCUCCUACCAUCAGGCUUUGCAAUUCUUCCUGAUGAGCGGUCCGGCAACUGCGACGGAGCAAUGUCAAAGGCAGGUGAGAAUGUCACCGAUGGAGGCGGCGGCUGCUUACUUACGGUUGGAUUUCAAAUUUUACUGGAUAGCCAACCAACUGCCAAGCUAACUGUGGAGUCUGUGGAGACUGUUAACAAUCUCAUCACCUGCACUAUUCAGAAGAUCAAAGCCGCCCUUAAGUUAACAUAAAUGCGACGAUGGAUAUCAUGCCGUUUAGCUUACUUUUACUUUUCUUUAUUUUUUUUUCCCUUUUUUUUUGGUUUUAAGAAAGGAAACAAAAAAAUCGUAUAUGAGGAUCAAGUAUAGGAGGAGAUGAUAGAAUGGAUAUAGUGAAGGAGGGAGCUUGACAUCAAAAGGGAUUCGAGUCAAGAACGAACCGCAGCCGGGGGAGGGGGUUUUUGGGUGGUUCGGGUAUUGACUCGGUGGACCCAUGAGGUUGGCUCAGCUCUCUCUUCGGCAAAUGUGUUUGUUAGUUAUCAGUCCUAUAGAGGUGAACAAGGUGGACAUGGAAGUGUGGUUCUAGUGUUUUGGUUCUGACUUUUGUCUAAAUUUUAAUCUCUUAUCUCACAUAAUAUUAUAUGUU